CUUGAAGAAAUAUGCGGAAAGCAGUUGUUGGAAUUUAGGAAAAUCAGCAUGCUUAAUUCAGAUUUCUUUUGGAAAAAGAUUAUAAUUUUCUCACGAAUAAUUGUCAUUCUGAUUUUGACCAGUUUACAUAUUGUACACAUAGCUAUGUGUACUUGAUUUUGGAUUGAGGAAUAUAGAGUUAUAUAUUAAUGCAUUUGUUUCCCAUAACGCUGAAGUAUGCAGACACUGUGUCUAAGUGCAUGCUGCACUGUAGACUCGCGUCGCUAUCCGUGGUGCUGAAUGUUGUUCUAUUAAACGCAGCCAUUUCUCUUGAAAUUUUACAGGAAUAAGGACUUUGCAAUUGCACAGAUUCUUGGAAACAACAAUCUCCUGAAGAGAUAUCCGAUUGGGACUCCUGAACUUUGCUCUAUUUAUUUUCUUAGUACACGAGACAAACUGAUUAUCUCAUUUUACAAAUGUUUGUAUGGACUUUUCAUAUGACUGUAUUUUCUAGGUGAACAGAGCUGCAAUAAGGUUGUGGGUCGCAUGGUGUCGGUAUAAUGACAAACUGUGUUUCUAGAUAUUGCCGUCUUCAGGUCCAACCCUGUUUUUGUCGUUACGUGAAAGGGGCAUGAGCACGAAACUAUCUCCGGAUCAUUCCCAGCGCAGAUUUGGUGAUGGCGCACAGCUGGCAACGGAACAAGGCGGUUUAUGAUUUCUUUAUUACACUACUAUAGAUCGCGGAGUAAACUGUGUCUGUACAUCAUGGAACAAAGCGGACGCCAGGCGUGGAUACGACGAUUGCGGUGCAUCGCCUGUGUGGUGGCUUUGAUGACGUACUGGAGCGAAGCGUCAGCUCAGACGAGAUAUUCCGUCUCCGAGGAUGUGCAAGAAGGAAGUAUUGUUGGAAACCUAGCGAAAGACUUGGGGAUUGAUAAGGCAACGCUGAAAGACAGAGAGUACCGCAUUGUCGGGAGUUCAAUGGAGCCCCUUUUUAAUUUGAAUAAAGACGACGGUGUCCUGUAUGUCAGUAGGAAACUGGACCGAGAGGAGAUCUGUGAACGGAGCGAUACGUGUGUCAUCAACCUCAAAACCGUCCUGGAAAAUCCUCUGGAAAUCCACUAUGUCGCCAUAGAGGUGCUGGACGUGAACGACCACUCCCCUGUCUUUCAGGAGAAAGAGAAACGGCUGCAGAUAUUUGAAUCGACAUUACCGGGAGCGAGGUUCCAGCUCCAGCCUGCGCGCGACCCCGAUGGUGGCCCGUUCUCUGUUCAGCAAUACAAACUGAGUCACAAUGACCACUUUGGUUUGGAAGUUAAGGAGAGAGGCGGAGACCGUAAGAUGCCAUUUCUGAUCUUACAGAAGCAGUUAGACAGAGAGGCCACGAGAGAACACAAGCUCCUGCUUUCAGCGGUUGAUGGUGGGAGACCGGCGAGAUCCGGAACAAUAGACAUACUGAUAGAGGUGCUUGAUGUUAAUGAUAAUCCACCCGCAUUCACGCAAGAUGCAUAUUCUGCUAUUUUAAAUGAAAACACGGCCCCGGGCACGUUAGUGAUCCAGGUUAAUGCGACAGAUGUGGACGAGGGCGCAAACAGCGAAAUCGUCUACUCAUUUGGUAAAGAGGUGGAUGUAAAUGUGCGAAAACUAUUUGACAUAGACCCAGAGACCGGGGAGAUUGCAGUGGUGGGUGCAAUUGAUUUUGAAGAAAAGAAAAGUUAUGAAAUUGACAUCCAAGCCUCAGAUAAGGGCCCCGUUCCUUUGUCCACAGACAAAACUGUGAUAAUACAGGUAAUGGACUUUAACGAUAAUCCUCCACAGAUUGAAGUUACUUCAUUUUCCAAAUCUGUUCCCGAGGAUUGUAGAACUGGAACAACAGUGGCUUUGAUCAGUGUCAAUGAUUUGGAUUCUGGCCUCAAUGGAAAAGUGUCUUGCUUUAUACGCGAGGACUUUCCUUUCGCUGUUUCUCCCUCCUUGCAAGAGAACAUGUACGCCAUUGUGACAAAGUCCAAACUAGACAGAGAAGAAAAGUCUGUUUAUGAGCUUACGGUUGUUGCAAAGGACACCGGUGAGCCACCGCUCUCAUCUGAAAAGACCGUAACUGUCGUUGUGUCAGAUGUGAACGAUAACGGGCCACGGUUUUCACGGAGCCCAUACACGUUUUAUAUUAUUGAAAAUAAUGACCUAGCAGCGCCGAUAUUUUCAGUCAAAGCAUCUGAUCUUGACGACAGUGAUAAUGCGCGUAUUUCAUAUCGCAUUCAGAGGGACCGAGGUGGAGACAAUAUUGGUGUUUUCAUAACUAUUAACUCUGAAAACGGAGACAUCGUGGCGCUAAAAAGUUUCGACUUUGAAACACUGAAAACUUUCCACUUCCACGUUGUUGCGUCAGAUUCCGGAACUCCGUCACUGAGCAGCAACGUCACAGUGAACGUGUUCAUUCUGGAUCAGAACGACAACGCUCCAGUCAUCCUGUAUCCAGUCAGCUCCAACGGUUCUGCUGAAGGUGUGGAGGAGAUUCCCCGCAACGUGAACGCAGGACACUUGGUGACUAAAGUCAGAGCCUAUGACGCUGAUAUAGGAUAUAACGGCUGGUUACUGUUCUCACUGCAGGAAGUGACUGACCACAGUCUCUUUGGUUUGGACCGCUACACAGGACAGAUCAGAACACUUCGCUCAUUCACAGAGACAGACGAGGCUGAGCACAAACUGAUCAUACUGGUGAAAGACAACGGGAACGUUUCUCUCUCAGCAACAGCUACUGUGAUUGUCAAACUCGUGGAGCCCAAAGAGGCUUUUGCAGCUUCUGAUGUUAAGAGUUCAACAAAAGCAGAUGAAGACAACAAUGUGACUUUUUACCUGAUGAUAACUUUGGGCUCAGUUUCAGCACUUUUUCUCAUCAGCAUCGUCGUGUUGAUUUCAAUGCAGUGCUCAAAAUCCUCCCCAGACUAUACUUCUAAAUAUCUACAAGAGACUAAUUAUGAUGGGACACUGUGUCACAGCAUCCAGUACAGAUCUGGAGACAAACGCUACAUGUUAGUUGGACCCAGGAUGAGUAUAGGAUCUACUAUAGUCCCAGGAAGUCAUGCGAACACACUGGUGCUCCCUGACAGGAGGAGGACAUCUGAGGAGCCCAAGGGGCCAGGUUCAGACUGGAGAUAUUCAGCCUCCCUGAGAGCAGGAGGUGUAAUGCAGAGCUCUGUGCACAUGGAGGAGUCCUCAGUAAUGCAAGGAGCCCAAGGGGUCCUGGUUCAGAACUGGCCAACUGCAUCCAGUGCCGCUGAUGCUGAAGGUGGAGAGGUGUCCCCCCCAAUGGGCGCCGGUGUAGACAGCAACAGUUGGCACUUUCGCUAUGGCCCCGGGGGUCCUGGUGCACCCCCACAACACCUGAAGCCUGGCGAGGUUCCCCCAGAGGCCUUCAUCAUCCCUGGCUCCCCCGCCAUAAUAUCCAUCAGACAGAACCAGGGAGGAGAGGACGACAAGAGCGAUUUCAUCACCUUCGGAAAGAAAGAGGAGGCCAAGAAGAAGAAGAAGAAGAAGAAGGAGAAGAAAGACAAGAAGGAUAAGGGGAAAGAUGAUGGAGAUGAGUAGAGGUGCGGAAAGAGAAAAUGGCAAAGAAGAAAAGGGCGUUGAUAAAACAGAGGUACCAACCAAAGUCCACUGGGCAAAAAGAAAAUGUGAAAAUUACCAGAGAUUUUUUUAAAUUUCAUUUUAUUACUUAUUUUCACUGAUAACAUUCUAAAGCUCUUUCUGUUAUGAACCUGGCCUUACCAAGAUUUAAUUUGCCUUCAGUCCCUUGCUGAGGUAAAUUGUUGAUCUUGCCUUGAUAAACAAUAAAAUGAUUGAUUUUGCUCCAAGCCCCUAUGUGCCUGUACACCCGGAGUCAACUCAUGUCAGUCAUCCUUUCCGGUAAGGAAGGACCAAUCUUUGCCCUCGUCUAUAAUUUCUCUCCUUUAACCCACUGGGCACGUUGGCACCUCUGUCUUACCCCCUCCCCAACUAUGAUGUGUAAACCAUUCUCCCAGAGAGGAGACAAAUACUUUGUACGAGAACAACAGAAAGCUCUGUGCCAGCCAAGGAAAAGAAGAACGACAUCGAAGACUGCAACAAAUGUAUGCCAUGUGGAGCUGGACACACACCACUUGUAAAUAGCACAGACGAGAGUCACUGAAACUAAGGCUAACAUGACACUGCUGCAGAUUCCUCUGGUAAUUACCAACAGUGUUUCCUAAGAUCUCAAAGAAACCACAUGCACACACAUGCAUGCUCACACAUUCUAACACGCAAAAACACAAGAACACCAACUUACCAUGGCAAAGUGGACACGAAAAGCACUUGAGAGAAGGAGGGAAACAAAAAAAGUGAGAAAAACAACUGACAUCAAAGAAAUGUGCUUAAAACUAGACACUGCAAGCUUUUUGACCUGCACAGGCGCCUAUGCGGUGCACAUGUGUACAUCAACUCUCUCAGGAUGGAAGCGGCAUCCUAUGAAAUCACUCUGCAUUUGCUCACUGCAAUUGAAGGACACGGGGAGCCUCAUCUCCAGCCAGAACCCCAACUGAGGAAUGCAGAGAGCCCCUGGAAAGAUGGAGAGAUGGGAAGUUACCUCACAUUCUCCUGAGGAUCACAGAGGGGAGAGUCCAGCUGAGCUGGCUUGUGACUCUACGUUCAGUCAGUGGACUCUGAUAAAACCGAAUACAGAAUAUUAGGAGAGUCUCGAGAUUUUGAUAACACCUUCUCUUAUCCCCCCCCCCUGCUGCAGCAAAAGCUUAAAGCUUUCUGCUUUGAAUGUUUGGUAGCAACCAGUCCUUACCUGAUACCUUGAGUUUACAACUGCUCACCUGCUUGUACUUGCCCCAAGUUACCACGAGCCAUCCUCUCCUCCCCCAGCUGCCUUUUCCCCCACGGUCACCCAUCCCACUAAUUGCCUCUUCAUCUGAUGAUGAAGUUUGUAAACUUAUUCUGUUUUAAUUUAUUCUCUUUAGAGAUUCAUUAUUACAUGCAGUUUUAUUUUUGUUGCUCUUGUUUUCUUCCUCAUGAUUUUAACUGCUUUUCACGCACCAUGCCUACCCCUGUCUACCCUCAGAGACUGCCCCUAACCCCCGCUCUGACCCCCCUCCCCUGCUCAGGAUCAAUCCUGGGAAUGGCCUGCUCUGAACAUUGUGGUGUGCUGGGAACAGCAUGGAGUAAUGUGGAUGAGGCCUGGGGAAGUCAAGACGGGGGUCGACACCCUGAACUCUUGUCAGAUGUCUCUCUAAGUGCAAAACGGUUCAGUGCUUUUAACUUGUGAAUAUGCUGUUCAUUUCCUGUUUGUAGCCACUGAUGAGAGGGGACCAGGUGGGAUGCAGCAGAUUACAGGGGUGGAGGACUAUGACAAAGUCAGGAGACAGGUGCCGUGGGCUGGCCCUCCCCCUCCACGAACAAGAGAAGAAAGUUGAUUGUUUAGGAUCCUUGAGUCACAUAUUAGCUUUUAUGUACGCUGUAAAUGUAAGCGUAGACUUCAAUAGAUUGUCUCAACAUUAGUAAUUGAAACCUGCUUAAAAAAUACGGGCAUCUAGGAUUCCCAUCCCUCAGCCAUAUCCCACCAAUCCUCUCUCAGGAGGUUUUGAAAAAGGCCUGCUCUUGUUGGUCCCCCCCCCCCGCCUGUAACUUGUCGCCACGUCCCCCAAGGUUUGCGGCUAAGUAUGACGUCACUCCAUUAAGUGGCUGCUGCAUGUACUGCUCUAAGGAAACACAUACUAUAUAGAGAAAUAUAUAUAUAAAUAGAUAGAUGGCUCUGAUUUUAUUCUUUUGUAUUAUCAUUUUUCUUCAUUAUUCGCACAGGAGAUAUUUGUAUGUACUUCUGUCUCUGCCAAACAUCUACGUACUACAAUCUUCAUGCUCCACAGAUGUUGUAUGGCAUCCACUGAACCUCUUUGGAUAUUUGUAAAUGCUUUAGUGUGAUACCUUUCAACGCAAGUCUUUUUUUUACUAACUAUGAUUUUUGCUUUUGAGAAUAAGCAAAGCAAGAAAAGGAAAAAAAGAAAAAAAAUCACUCUGUGUCUGGCUUUGACAUGACGAUCUAACUAAAACUGUAAUAUUGUAACUGAAAUAUGUAUGAUCCUAUGAUGAGCUAUCACUUCCCUUUCACUCUUAAAAAAAAUAAAAAAUGACAGAAAAAAAUUGUUGUGUGAAAAAAAGGUAUAUGUAGUAUAUUCUUGUGUUUAGUGAUCAUUCAUGCUGUCAUUCUUUCCCAAUGUAUGGUGGUGAACUAUGGUGGCACUGUGCUGUCCUAAAUGGAUCAGCCCAGAUCUGUGUUAAAACCCUUUUUUUCUACACCCGCUCAUCAAUUGUAACAGUGGAGUAGUGAAUAUCAUUUAUUUCAUUUAUUUUCUGACUUUUUUUAUUUUACCUAAAUGGAUACAGUGGUAAUGUGUUUUGUUUAUAAAUCACUAAUAAAGUUUUCUUUCUUAAAAAUA